AUGUCCCUGCAGGCGGCGCAGCUGCAGGAGGAGCUCCUCGUGGCGCUCAAGACUUCGAACGAAACCUUCGCAGACGCGCGCGACUCGGACCCGUCCGCUUUCUUCGCGAAGAUCGACCGUGCUCUCCGCGCGCACACCGAGCUCGAGUCGCAGCUGCUGCAGGGGCUCGAGUAUUGCGGCGCCGCGGACGAGCGGCUGCAGGCGCUGCAGCAGACCGUCGUCUCUCUCGCGGGCGCGCGCGCCGUCGAGCGCGACCAGCUGCUCCAGUCCCUGCAGCAGGAGGAGCCGCCCCCCCCCUUCACGCCCUCGGUGCCGCCCUCCGUGCCGCCCUCCGUGCCGCCUCCGGCCUUCGAGGCGCCGCCGGUGCCCGCGGUCCCGCUCGCGGUGACGGUGCCGGAGCACGCGCCCCCCCUCUACCAGCCUCCGCCCGUGCUCGGCGUGUCCCCGGGCAAGUCUUCGAUUCACCCGGCGGGCGAGCCCUCCCCGAGGAAGACGGUCCAGUGGCCCGACAAGGCGCACCAGCCGCAGUCCCAGCCGCCCUACGGCCCGCCGCCGGUGCCGGUGGGCGCUGGGUGGUCGGCGCCGCCGCCGGUGCCCGCCGCGCCGUCGGCCCCCCCCGUGGCGAUGACUCGCUCCGAGGAGGCGGACGAGGAGGCGCUUCAGGCGGCCAUCAAAGCGAGCCUCCUCGAGAGCCAAGCACCAUCCUCGUCGCCCCCGCCGCCCAGCCUGCCCUCCGCACCGCCGCCGCCCGGCGUGCCGCACGCGGCGCCCCCUCCCUCGUUCCAGCCGCCACAGCCUCCCUCGUUCCAGCCGCCCCCCUUCGCGCCCCCGCCUCCACAGCCGCCGCCGUCCUUCUCGCCGCCCGGCCCCGCCGCCCCGUCCUUCCAGCCGCCCCCGCCGCUCCCGCCCCCGUCCUUUGCGGCCGCCUCUCCGCCUCGCGGCCCGCCGCCGCCGCCCGCGCCGCCUCCUCCGGCGGCCGCCCCGCCGCCGGGAGCAGACGAGGAGGCGCAGCUCGCGUGGGCGAUGGCGGAGUCGAUGAAGAUAGCAAGCGCGCCGGCUCCGGCACCGCCGCCACCCGCCGCCACACCCUUUGGCGCCCCGCCGUCCUUUGUCCCCCCUCCGCCACCGGUCGCACCCGCUGUCAUGGCUCCGCCGCCAGCAAUGCCGGCGAGCUUCGCUCCGCCCAGCGCCCCGCCGCCCUAUGUGCCUCAGCUGCCGGCGUACCAGCCUCCGCCCGCGGCUCCGCCGACUCGCGCCUCCUCCCCACCGCCCGUCAUGCCGACGGCACUCCCCGCCGCGCCGGCCGGGGCGUCACUCCCCCCUCCGGCUCCCUUCGGGGCCAUGCCUGCACCGCCGCCUCCGUUUGGCGGCGCAAGCGGUCCGCCCAUGCCCGAGGGAGCCCUCCGCCUGCCGGCGGGCCGCCGCCGCCUCCGUACGGCGCUGGAGUGCCCAUGAGCGGGAGCGGGGGCGGGGUGAGCGCGCCUUCGUAUCAGCCGCGGUGGUGACACUCUCUCGAGGAUCGACGGGCACGUCGAUGGCUCCUGGCUCGUGCCUGGAGAGGACAAAGACACACGAAGUGUGAGGAGGAGAGAGGUUGCAGAGAGUAGGGCGAGGAUAGGGGAGGGAACUCCAGGUGGUGAUGAUCUUUGGCGGGUGAGUCUCGUGUUCUCUGUGGCCUGAGUGCGCUGUGCCCCCGGGAGGAGAGCCGGAACCUCUUCGACACGCACUUUUGAGUAAGAAACGCGGAGUUUUGUCUUU